GCCGCCAGAUCCGACUUGUCUUGUUGUUGCGAACCGCUCGUCACCACGGUGACGUGAAAUGUCGCAGUCCGCCGGGAUCGCGGCGCGCGCGGUCACGCUUGCGUCGGGGUUCCGCCGCCGCCGAAUACGGAGUGACGGAAAAUGACAGAUUAGUCACAUCCUCUUCAGGGGCUCGGUCAGGGUUACUUCAGGUCAUUCGGAGCCAGUUCGCGUCCUUCACUCCCCUCUUCCGUCCGUCCGUCUCGCGCCAUCUUAUCUUUUUUCAUUCUGUCAACUAUCCCUCUUUCUUUCCAUCCAUCCCGUCUAUCUCUAUCUUUCGCUCUUUUCUAUGCAUCUCCAGUCGCUCUGUCUUUCCGUCCAUCGAUCGAGCCGCGAGAGGAGGCGUGUCGGUCCUAAUCCCGGCCGUAUAAGAGCGUCCCCGUCAGCGUGAUCGCGUCUCGUCGUCCGCCGUCUUCUCGUCCGGCCGUCCUUCACGCAAGCGGAGCCGCGUACAAGUGUGGGCACACGCACUCGCCAGGGUGGUGGAGAUGAAUCUGGAGGCGCCCAAAGCUGAGAUCAAGUCGGCCACGCGGGUGAGCGGGGGCCCCGCCACCCCGCGCAAGGGCCCCCCCAAGUUCAAGCAGAGGCAGACGCGCCAGUUCAAGAGCAAGCCCCCCAAGAAGGGAGUGCAGGGGUUCGGUGACGAUAUCCCGGGAAUGGAAGGAUUAGGAACCGACAUCACUGUGAUUUGCCCGUGGGAGGCCUUCAACCAUCUGGAGCUGCACGAGCUGGCCCAGUACGGAAUCAUCUGAGCCCGCCCGGGCCGUCGACACUCAACUGGAACAUACCCACACACACAAAAAAAAAUGUCCAAAAAUAAAUAGAACAAGAGAUUGUUAUAUAUAUAUAUAUAUAUAUAUAUAUAUAUAUAUAUAUAUAUAUAUAUAUAUAUAUAUUUUUUUUUUUCUAUCUUGAUCUUGUGACACAGCAUCUGCUCGUGUUUAGGGUGUGAUCUUUUGCGUGGUUGCCAUUUGUCUGCCAGCAUGCUUUUCUUCCCCGUGCGACGGCCGCCAUGUCCGCCGCGGGGGAGAGAAAGGAAAUCCAAAUGUACGGUAUUUGUUAGUGUGUAUGGCAGGCGUGGCUAAGCAUGAGAGUCCUGUAAUAUGUGUUACUCAAAUACUGUAGGUUCAUAAAAGUCUAUCUGUAGUCUUUAUUUUUUUUAUUCAUUCAUUUCUCUCACUGUAAUAGUUAAAUGAAUUAUAAUAAAAAUGUGUAAAAAACAAUUUUACAUUUACAUUUUUAAAAUCUAAUUGUAGAAAUCAACAGUUUUGUAAAAAAAAAUAUAUACUGUAUUAAAUGUUUAAUAAGUAAUUUUAACUAAUAAAUUGAAACAUGAUAAA